UUGUUGAUAGGCGGCGGUGGCAGGAGGAGGACGAGACUCUGAAAAACUCUUCUUUUUUUUUAACGAAUUUAUCAAAAUGGACGAAGUCAAAGACAAUGCGGCGUUUAAAGGAGUCGCCGAAAGGUUGACUUUAGGGAUUAUUCGGAUUCUCGAGAACAUGCCCGGUGUGGCAGACGUUCGUUUUGCAGAGCGAGAGCCAGCGGAGAAGAGGAGCCUGUUGUCCUGGGAGCAGAAAAACACUUGUAUUUUACCUGAAGAUCUGCGGGAUUUUUACCUGACGACCGACGGAUUCACCCUGAACUGGAACGUCAAACUAGACAACGAGAGCGUUCCUCUGGGUUGUAUGAAGUUGAACUCGGUGUCUCGUCUGGUUCCUCUGGUGCCGCCCGUGUCUCUGUUCUCUCUGCCCAACGCCCCGUCCCUCUGCGACCUCGACUGGGACGACAAGGAAGCAGACUCGGCUCCUCCGCACUUUGACUCUCGCAGUCGGAUCUUCGAGCUCGAUUCUUGUGGAGGAAACGGAAAAGUGUGUUUGGUUUACAGGAACUGCACCCCAGGUGUGGUGUCUCAGAGCAGUGAGGUCUGGUUCUUGGACCGGGCUCUGGGUUGGCAUCUUCUCACGUCGUCCUUCACGUCGUUCUUCAGACUCAUGAUCACUCACCUGGGCCUCCCCGAGUGGCUCUACAACUUCACCCCCUACGGACCCUCGCCCCAGGCCAAGCAGUGGGCGUCCUUGUACCAGCCUUUGACCUUCGCCGACCCCCAGGACUCGACCUCUGACCCCCCCCUGAACCGUCUGGACCCGAGCCGAGCCUUCAGAGCCAAGACCAAGACCCCCCCCAAGAAGAAACCCUCUGCCCCAGGAGGGGGAGGGGGGAGGGCAGGAGCGGGGCGGGGAGGGGCAGGGAGGAGUAAAAAAUGUAAAACAAAAGAUGCCACUAUUUCUACAAACACUGGUCCGGUCCUGAUCCAGACUCCGGUCCUGAUCCAGACUCCGGUCCUGAUCCAGACUCCGGUCCUGACACAGACUCCGGUCCUGACCCAGACUCCGGUCCUGAUCCAGACUCCGGUCCUGACCCAGACUCCGGUCCUGACACAGACUCCGGUCCUGACACAGACUCCGGUCCUGAUCCAGACUCCGGUCCUGACACAGACUCCGGUCCUGAUCCAGACUCCGGUCCUGAUCCAGACUCCGGUCCUGACACAGACUCCGGUCCUGACCCAGACUCCGGUCCUGAUCCAGACUCCGGUCCUGAUCCAGACUCCGGUCCUGAUCCAGACUCCGGUCCUGACCCAGACUCUGAUCCUGACCCAGACUCCGGUCCUGACCCAGACUCCGGUCCUGACACAGACUCCGGUCCUGACACAGACUCCGGUCCUGACCCAGACUCCGGUCCUGACACAGACUCCGGUCCUGACACAGACUCCGGUCCUGAUCCAGACUCCGGUCCUGACACAGACUCCGGUCCUGACACAGACUCCGGUCCUGACACAGACUCCGGUCCUGACCCAGACUCUGGUCCUGACACAGACUCUUGUUCAGGCUCUUUCUUCUCUUGGUCCAUUAAUUCUACUUUUAUUAAUAAAAACUAAAGUGACGCUUCCUCAAACUUGA